AUGUCCGCUGAUAGUCGUCGUUCACGGGCCUCCAAAGCGGGACUGCAUGUCCACUGUGAGUCCUGCUACAGCCGGCGCUGCAGGGCUCGAGUGGAGGUCUCGGUGUCCUGUGCAAUCGCCUCCUGCCGCCUGCUCUGUGGAGCUUCCUUCCACCUGUGCAAAGAGGAGGAACACUUACUGCUCUGUCCCAAUGUGAGGGUGCCCUGCCUCAAUGCAGAGUACGGCUGCACGCUCCAUAUGACUCGCUCGUGGCAGGCGACACACCUCCGGGUCUGUCCAGCAAGUGUGGUGAGCUGCUCCAUGGACUGGCUCCGCUGGCCGGUUGAUGAUACAAACUCACACAGCAACAUUACCCUGCAGAAGAAUGUGCAGAAGGAAGAUGAGGGGCAAGGCAAGGCCCUUGAUUUUGCCAUGGCAGUGGUUGACCAGAGAGACCUCUAUGGCCGCCUGAAAAUGAAGCCCCUUUUCCCAGAGCAAAUGGAAGAGGAAGAGGAGGAGGAGGAGGCAAUAGAGGACCAGAAACAGGACACGGCAACAGGGGGGAUUGUCACUAAUGUCCUCACAAACAACAGUACUGAUGAAGCUAUUUCUGCAGAUAGUUUGCGUGUGAAUGGUGCUGUUGAAGAGGAAACUGUUGGUGAAGAGGAAACUAGGGAAAACAAUCCAGGGAAGAGGUCGGGCAUCAACAUAGACAAAUACAAUCUGUUGGAGAUGAUGUUCAAUAUGGAGAGAGGCGGAUGUGCAGCUGCCCAGGAGAACCAACACAGUCCCAAACAGAACACAAAACCUGCUGAGCAGGGGAGGGCCCAAACAGGCGCAGAUUCAAACGCUGAGGAGAAGAAGGGGAGUGGGGUGAAAGAGAAAAAAUCAGGUUCAGACCAGAGAAGUACAAAGACAGGAGGGGGUGCUGGAGAUAAUAACCAACCACAAGUAGACACAAGUAAGACAGGACUGGCCCCAUGGCAGGACGGGGUGCUGGAGCGUUUAGGAAAAGAGCUGAGCCCACAAGAGUUAAACAUGUACCUGGUGCACCACGGGCGUAUGCUGCUCACCUUUGGACAAAUUGAGGCCUGCACACCAAGAGAGAGAGACUUUGUCUACGGUAACCUGGAGCCCAUCCCAGUCCAGACUCUACGCUCCUUCAAGAUCCCUGACAGCUACCAUUAUAGGCGGCGGGUGCAUCUGUAUGACACGUCAGCAUGGGCCCAAAGUGAGGCUCGCAGUGUGGACACGUCCGACCUUGGGGCGAAGGAGGAGGACUGGCACUGUGACGAGGCAGAAGCCACCCUGCUGGGCUACACAGAGCUAGAGGUCAUGGGUCACAAGAUCAGCGAGACAAAGGGAACCGAUGGGCUCUAUGUUGAUGUGGGAACACAAACGCACGUGUUCUGCACAGCACCAUUUAAAGGGAACACAACCCUGGCAGACGUGAUGGUAGAAAGGCCGCUGAAGCUUCAUCUCCAGCUGCAGGCAGAGAGUGUGAACAGCAGACACAACAGGGCCAGCUCUGUCUUCACUUUCCUCUGCGGACACACCUUCCACCGCAGGGAGUUUGCCACACACUUCAGGAACGUGCACAGUGACAUCCAGAUGUGUCUGAGCGGCUGGUUUGAGCAGAGAUGCCCCCUCGCCUACCUGGGCUGCACCUACGUGCAGAGGAGGUUCCAGCCCUCCACACAUAAGGCCACAGUCAUCUACAACCAGGAGCUGGGCAGUUUCAACUUGCGUCCAACCAUCCCUGACUCCCUGGACCAGGGUUCCCAGCCUCCCAGCAGCUCAGUGGAGGCCUGCAGCAGCCACAGGAGGAGAGGAGGGAGGGCAGCAGGAGGGGAGGACUCUCUGAGCUCUCUGCCCUACGAGGUGCUGUGCCACAUGGCCAGUUUCCUGGACAGUCUGUCCCUGUCCCAGCUGGCUCUGGUGUCCCGGCUCAUGAGGGACGUGUGCUCCUCUCUGCUGCAAGAGAGAGGGAUGGUCACUCUCCGCUGGGAGAAGAAAACCUACUCACAUGGAGGAGCCAAGUGGAAGUCCAAACCAGUAUGGGAGUUCAGUCACCUCUUCUCUCGGGUGGAUUCGUGGUGUUUUGCAGAUGUCCCUCCUAUAUCUGCUCAUCUAAAAGUCUGUCCCUACUAUAAGACGUCUCUUCACAGUGAACCUGUUCCCCUCCCCAGCAUGAGUGAGCAAGAGGGGGGCAGCCAGGAGAGACAAAGCCUGGUCACCCUCUUCAGGGGAAACAGCUGGCAGCAAUGA